AUGGCGAAAAAGUCAAAGAAGAGUGCGGGAGAUAAUAUUAACGCCAAGCUGCAGCUUGUGAUGAAAUCGGGCAAAUAUCAGUUCGGCAGGAAGUCCUGCUUGAAGGCCCUGCGAACCGGAAAAGGCAAACUUGUUAUCGUCAGCACCAACUGCCCACCCAUUCAGAGGAGCGUUAUAGAAUACUACGCCAUGUUGUCCAAGUGUGGAGUCCACGAUUACCACGGGGACAACAACGACCUGGGAACUGCCUGCGGAAAAUUAUUUCGAAUCAGCUGCCUGGUCAUCACGGACGUGGGUGACUCUGACAUCAUCAAGACGAACGAGUAG